AUGCGUUUUCAUGCUGCGCUGGCCCUUGCAGCAUGUCUCGCCCCGACAGCUGCAAUCUUCGAGGACGAUGCAUAUCACAUUGACUUCCACUAUGCGCUACUAGGCCUACCGAAACACGAGGCCACCUUCUUCCAGAAGCCUUAUGCUGGCUCCAAAGCGUCCCUCGUAUAUUCGAUCUCACACAAUCAGACGAUCGGCGCAAUAAACCCAAAGGAUGGUGCGUUGGUAUGGCGGCAGCAUUUCGACUCACAACCCCGCGGAAAAGGCCAUCUGCGAUCUGGAAAUGAGCAGGACACAGUUAUCAGCGCUGUAGGAGAUCGCAUAACCGCAUGGAGCGCGUCUGAUGGACGGCUCGUGUGGGAGACAAUCGUAAAUGGCGCAGUAGUGGAAGAUCUGGAGAUUCUGGAGCAAGAAGAUGGGGCGACCAUCGACGAGGCGAAGGAUGCUAUUGUCCUGCUGGCCGACGGCAGCCAUGGUGUGAAGAGGCUCGAUGGGAAGACUGGCAGAGUGAAAUGGACGUUUGAGGACUCGAGCGGAGACACGCCAUUCCAAGUGUCCACCUCGCCGUCUACAAUCUACUACAUUUCCCUCCACUCACCGAUGCUCGGAGGUUCCAAGCUAAGAGUCACGUCCCUCAGCCCGGUUACAGGAAAGAAGCUCGACCAAUACACACUGAACUCGGACGCUGAGAUUGGUUCCCGAGAGCACAUUCUCUUCGCCGGAGCCAAUACUGCAGCCCCUCUGCUGGCAUGGACAGAUAAGGCGAACAAGUCGCUCAAGGUGAACAUAAUUGGCACCAAGAGCGUUGCAAGCUUCAACACGCCGCAGGAUGAGGCCAUCGAGAAGAUUGUCCUACACGCCCCAAACCACGUCAACUCGCUUCCUCACUUCUUAGUCGAAUACCAGACCGUUACCGGCCAUUCAGCGGAGGUUUUCCACGUCGAUCUCAAGAGGAACACCGUCUCGAAAGCCUACACACUUCCCGAGUUGAAGAGCAAGGGAACUUUCACCACCAGCACUUCGGACGCCAAUGUCUAUUUUACGAGAAUCACUGAGGAUGAAGUCACCGUCUUCUCUUCGGUUUCGCACGGCAAACUUGGUCGCUGGACCGUCAAAGGUACAUCCGUGCUAGCAGGGGCCUACCCUGUUCAUGGUGUAUCUGAAGUGGUUGUGAAGUCUGGAGCUGCGACCGCUGUACGAUCAGCUGUUCUCUACUCCAAUGGCCAGUGGGCUCUCCUCCGCAACGAUGAGAUCGCUUGGACCCGGCCAGAAUUUCUGUCCCACACUGUAUCGGCGGUAUGGGCAGGCCUACCUGAAGAGGAAGCCCUUGCCCAGGCUCUGGCCGAGGAAAGUCAUCGAAAUCUAGUGUCUGCCUACAUCCACCGUGUGCAGAGGCAUAUUCAAGACUUGAAAUAUUUCCCAGCUUGGGCGCAGACCAUUCCCAGCCGCCUUCUUGGUAGCGUCAUUGGAACACCGAAGGAGACUACGGUUGAUGAUAUUCAACAAGACACCUUUGGUUUCCACAAGCUUGUUGUUGUUGCGACCGAGACGGGUCGACUUGCUGCCCUUGACGUCGGCUCGCGUGGCAAGGUCUUAUGGAAUAUAGAUUUGAACAAGUUCGCGACUGGGAUAGACUUUCAGAGCCCGACUUUGAAAGCUUUCAGUGGCUACGUGGAGGUCAAAGAUCGGAGCUUCGAAGGCUCACUCCUUGUCAACUCGACCACUGGAGGGCUCCUUUCAUCCACUGACACCAAGAUCCGUGUACCCCUGGUCUCGGAAGGUCAAAAUGUCGUAUCGUUCACUCUAGUCGAUGGUACGCUGAAAGGAUUCCUGGAGGGCCAACCGACUUCUGAGCCCGUAUGGAGCUUCACGCCUGCUGCCGGUGAACACAUUGUCAGCUACACUGCGCGGCCGAUCAAAGACCCAGUAGCCUCCAUUGGUAGAGUCCUGGGAGACAGAAGGGUGUUGUACAAGUACUUGAAUCCUAAUCUUGUCCUGGUCACUGCAGUCGUUGAGUCUGCUCGUACAGCGUCCAUAUACCUCCUAGAUUCCGCUUCCGGGCAGCUGUUGCAUACCAUGUCGCACAACGAUGUUGAUACAUCUCGACCCAUCCCGUCAACCAUCUCAGAGAAUUGGUUCACCUACUCACUGACCAUCGAUGCUAGCUCAGGCGCAUCUUCCCGGGGCUACCAGCUUGUCGUCUCGGACCUCUACGAAUCCCCACUUCCCGAUGAUAGGGGCCCACUUGGUGCCACCUCUAACGCUUCGACUGUACAGCCCUCAGGAUCAAAGGGCGAUGCUGCAAAGCCCUAUGUGCUUUCCCAAAGCUAUCAAGUACCGGAAGAGAUUACUCAUAUGACCGUUACGCAAACACGACAAGGCAUCACCAGCCGUGAACUUCUCAUCACCGUACCUUCAGUCAGCUCGAUCAUCGGUAUUCCCCGUGCUUUCAUCGAUCCCCGCCGCCCGGUCGGCCGUGACCCCACUGCGCAUGAGCAAGCUGAGGGCCUGAUCAAGUACACUCCCCUCAUCAGCUUUGAUCCGAAGUGGCAUCUCACCCACAAAUACGAGGUUGUUGGUGUCAAAGACGUGAUUACGAGCGAAAGUGGCAUUGAGAGCACGAGUUUGGUGUUCGCAUACGGGCUGGACAUCUUCGGGACGCGAGUUGCGCCCAGUUUUGCCUUUGAUAUCCUGGGCAAGGGCUUCAACAAAAUUUCUAUGAUGCUCACUGUUGCGGCAUUGUUUGUCAGCGUUUUGUUUGUAGCACCUCUGGUCAGGAGAAAGCAGAUUAAUGCGCUUUGGACGAUAUGA